AUGCACUUUACAAUCUAGAUUCUAUUAACUUCAGAAAGUAAAUGUUAAUAUAGUCUAUUAUAAGCUAUUCAAAUAGGCUUUCAUCGAGUAAUUCUUUUUUGCCUACUUAUGGAAAUAAAAUUAUAUCAGUUCUUCAAGCUUCCUUAAAUAGUAAAUAUCAAACCCAAACUUACAAAGUCCUUAACUAUGUUAGCACAACUUUGCAAAACUAACAGCAAAAAAUUGCGAAUUAAAACAAUAAUAAUAAAUUAUUUAAUAAUAACGAUAUAGUUCAAUAGAAUUUGGUUGAUUGCUUUAAAAUAUUGA